AUGACCACGACGGUGGCACUUGGUGCACCUCACCUCCGCCAACGAAACCACCCCCGUGACGGUACAUCGUACGUAGCCGUGGACGAUCACGCUUCCCCCGUGCGCCGCUGGCUGGCGAACAAUGCCAUGGCCACCUUCAACCCUAUGGCAGCCGCUUCGGCCGGUGACGGCAUGGGCUUGAACAGCAGCCAACGCAUGGCCAUGGAGCACGCACACUUUGGACAUGACCUCGGCUUCGACGAUGCGCUGCUUGAUGGCAGCGCCCUCGCGCCGCUGCCCCCCUUCACCCCGGCCUAUGAGUUUGAUCAUUUCGCUACGACCUUCGAGGACCCCUUCGCCUAUUCCGCCGCCCGUGUUUUUGAACCGACGCCAAACCCGGAUGCCGUCAACGAGGAGUCAUCAAACCAGGAGCUCGACAACAACCUGCUCGGCUUCUCCGACCCGUUUCGACUCCUCAACCUGCUUGAUGAGGCUGGCAACAUGGGCGACAUGCACAUGACCGCCGAGCUCUACGGCAUGUUCUUCGUCGCCGAGGAUGUAUUUGGCGGGGAAAACGCCGGCCGGCCGCUGGAGCUGACUUGCUACCGCCGCAACCUCUGGCAGUGCUCCGGCCAGAUCACCCUGCCGAGGUCUGUGUCGCAGGUCGUCGACGAGCAGGGCCGCCGCUUCCCCAUAUGCGAGCUGUCGGCCUCCAUCACGGCCCUGGAAUCCAUCGAAGGCAAGGCGACCGAGAUCAUCCUGAUACCCUGGAAGAGCGCAAACGCACCGGGCGGCGAGGACACCAAGGUCGCCUCGGCGCCGCCCAGCAUCCCCUUGGACUUGAGCACGGCCCAAGAACUGGAUGCCCACCGCGUGACCCUGCCAGUCUCUUGGAAGCGCCUGCAGUUCAAGCACGCGACGGCCAACAACGGCCGGAGAAAGGGCCUGCAGCAGCAUUACGUCGUGCAGAUCAACCUGCUCGGCAGGGCGACGUCGGGCGAGGUGAUCAAGAUUGCCGAGAUUCAAUCCGGACCCGUCAUCGUCCGGGGCCGCAGCCCGCGCAACUUUGACAGUCGCAAGGACGUCCCCCUGACGGGCGAGAGGCGCACGGAGCGCAAGGGCACCGCCGGCUCGGACAGCGCGAGCGUCAAGAUGGACCGUGAGAGCGUCCAGCCAACGACGAUACCCGUCUUUCCGUCCAUGGACGCUGCCUCGACGUCGACCGAGUGGGCCAACGCGCAAGCCGUUCCGCAACCGAACCAAAGCACGCAUCCGUCCAAGAAAAUGGCCAUGUCGCCGACCAUAUCGAAACCGCCCAUUCCCAGCUGGAUGGUGGAUGGGGGCGCCAAGUCGGUCGGAACCCCAGGCGGGCAGACCCCCCACGGCUCGCUGAGCCGUCAGAGUUCAGCCGUGCCCAUCAACCUCUCAUUGUCCGAGGAGGAGAAGAGCCCCAACCGGUCGAGCGCCGAGCUGCCGAGCCCUCAGAUGGGCAAGUUUGGAUCCACGAGCACGGCGGCGGGAGCGAAUCCCGGCAGCAGCCCCACCGAGGACCCCGAUCCUCUGUAUGAAUAUUUUCCUCUCACCGUCGAUGACUGGUAUGCCUCCCCCAGCCUGUGCCUGUUGCCGCUUUCUCAUGCGGGGUCACCGCUUGUUAACGGUAUCACCAGGAUGCCUCCAGUCGACGCCAUAUACCGGCCGCAUGUUGUCCACCACACGAUUGUGCCUCCCGAGGUGAAGGCUCAGCAGGGACCGAGCAGAGUGAAGAGGUAUUUUACGGCCGACUGA